CGGCACGGCACCGUUUCGCCUCCGCUGUGGAUUUCGCGAAACUUUUCGAAUCAUAGGGCGGUUGGCCCGAUUCAGAUAGGAAGAAAACGAAACGAUGCAACCUUUUUCCCUUUUCCUUUCUCGGCAGCCAAGCACCCAAUUCCCAGAACGAAAAACCCUAAUUCGACGCUUCCCCGAUUGAUUCCGAUUUGAAUCGAAUCCCUUAAGUUAUUUGUUCAUCGCGAGAUAGGUAGUUUUCGAUUUGUGUGAAAUCGUUGUUCUGUUUGUGGGUAAAUUUUAGGGAUUAGAUCUUUUUGCUGCAUGAUCGGGACGAAGGGAUUGGAGGUAGGAUUAGAUUAGAGGUGGAAAGGGGGAAUAGCGAGAGAGAUAGGAAGAAGAGAGAAGAGAGGAUUCGAUCAGAAACUAUGUCUGCGAUAGUGUGCGGGAAGAGAUCCUUCUUCGAAGAGUUGAAUGUGACAAGCCCGCCUGUUAACAAGAGAAUCCGUUGUUCUUCGUCUUCCCCUGUCCGUUUCUCGCCUCCGAGACCCAGCCCAGCCAGCAGCUUCUCCACCCCGCCGCGGGCCCCUGUCGUCAGCUCGGCUUCUGCGCAUUUGGUCGAACAGCUCGCCGCUAUUUUCCCUGAGAUGGACAAGGAGCUUCUUGAGAGAGCACUUGCCGAAUGUGGGGAGGAUUUGGAUUCAGCCAUAAGGAGCUUGAACGAGCUUCGUUUGGGAUCGGCUGAUAAGAAUUUAGAUUCUGAUGGUGGGAAAUGUGAUGGACUCCUUGAUGCUAAUGGCAAUGUUCAAGGUGUUGAGCCAACCAAUGCUUCAGUUCCCCCAGCUGAGGAUCCUUCAAUUCCAACACAUGUUCAAAUGGACGGUGCAGAGUGGGUUGAGCUGUUUGUUAGAGAAAUGACUAGUGCUUCCAACAUGGAUGAUGCCAAAGCACGGGCAUCAAGAGCACUGGAAGCUCUCGAGAAAUCAAUCUAUGCACGUGCAGGUGCAGAAGCAGUGAAAAACUUUCAAUUGGAAAACCUAAAGUUGAAGGAGCAAGUCCAAUUACUCAUACACGAGAACACCAUUCUGAAGCGAGCUGUAACAAUUCAACAUGAGCGGCAGAAAGAGUUUGAUGACAGGAACCAGGAACUGCAGCACUUGAAGCAACUGGUGGCUCAAUAUCAGGACCAAUUGAGAACCUUGGAGGUGAACAAUUAUGCAUUGACGAUGCACCUGAAGCAGGCUCAGCAAAGCAGCUCGAUCCCCGGGCGGUUCCAUCCCGAUGUCUUCUAAUUGAGCAUACAAACAACUUUGCUGAAGCAUACAUAAUAUCUAAACAGACAUUCCCCCCCGAUGCUCUGCAAGUAUGUUUUUAUAGUUUGGUGUUUGUCUUGCACAGAUUUCAGUUCUUACUUUGAUUCUUUUCCUAAAAGGUUGGCCAAGAUUGAAACUUGGAAGGCCUAUCAGUUAUCAAAAGCCUCUGGGAUGUGCUUAGGGGUGUGUAGCUCAUUUCCGUCUGUACUUUGGUUUACAAUUAUAGUUUUUUGAAGUGUGUUGAAUCAUAUAAACUUCAGACAUAUUAUUAGUUUCUUAUUUGAAUAAUAUCAUAAACCCUAAUCGGUUUAUUUUACACAAGGUCUUAGAUUUACCUAAUAUGUUGACUUGCCCUGAUCUGUAUUUCGAGCC